UACCGUUAGAUGGCACAACUAUGUCCAACAAAGCCAUUUGCGCCGUGGUUUACACUAAUUACAUAUAAUUAAUUAACUAUAUACUUACGUAGGAAAUCGGACUAAAUGCUAUACUAAGAAGAUUUCUGGGAGUUAAAGCUUUAAUGCAAUUCCUGGAUAAUUCAACAAUUCUCAUUAUAUACCAAGAAAUUUGAUUUUUCCAUUUCGUCCCAAAAAGAGUAGUUCCAUCGAUUCAUCGCUAGGUGGUCAUAGUUCCACAGUCCAUGUCUCAAUUUUUUACUUAAACUUUUUAUUUGAAAAAAAAGCUAAUUAGGAGCAUUAAUGUGUGAAUUUUUAUGUUGUAUAUUCAGAAAUUAGCCUCAGCUUUCUUUUGACGUUGCUUUCAACCUAUGAAAUGCAUGUAUACAGAUUUGUAAAUUCAACUCAAUAGAUCGAGGCGUCGUUCGAAUAAUAUAAUUUUUCACGAACUACGUUCGAAAAUUACACUCAUUCUGAAAAACAUCCAGGGUAUAAAUUUUAUAUGUGAUUGCAUAGGGAUAUUAUAUACAAUUACUAUCAAGAAACAGGAAGUCGAUUUUACGUAUACUCCAUGGAUAGCUAUUUACCUUGUAUUCUCACCGGCUUUAUAUUUUAUACCUUUGGCCUAAAGUGGUGUUACGAAUAUGCUAAGUAUUGGGUAUCUCUAAGACCUAGAGAUGAUCCACAUACGACAAAGGGACUAAGACUUAUAGAAAAAUGUGAAAGACUUAUACAUAGACAUCCUAUAGAAGGAAGUUUAAAACUAAUAGCGACUGCUGUAGGAUUAGCUGGUACGAUAACUGGUGGUCUGCAACAAGUUGGAACUGUUUCACCAAAAGUUGUACUUGCUACAAUCUAUUUAUUUUUUGCAUUCUCUGGCCUGGUUGAUAUUUUAAAUUUUUAUUUUCCUCAUAAUGUGAGCGAAGGAUUAGUUAAAUUGGCCCUUGCUCAAAGUUUCUUCAUAGAAGGAUUUCUUUUCUUAUGGGGGAGUGUUGGAAGCAAUGCAUUAGUUGAUAAAAUUUUAGCACUAAUAGUAUGGACAACAUCUUUGUCUAUUUCUUUAGAACUUGUAUGGCCCGAAUUAAAACUUCUAAGAGGUUGUACAACAUUACUCCAUGGUGGUUGGAUAGCACAUGUGGUUCGUGUGUAUCAUACAGUGCCAAUGUUACCAGAAGGUAUUGCUCUGGUAUUUUCUUGGCAUGUAGCUGCUGCUUCAGCUGUGACAUUAUGUGUAGUAGCAGCAACAAGAAGUUGUGCUCCCAAACUUAUGAUAGAAGAACCACCAGAGAUACCUAUUUAUGAUUAUUGUCAAGAACCAGACCAGAGAAUGUAGACCCCACAUGUGAAUGGAUACAACUUUGUGUCAAUUUAAAAAUUUUUAUAGUAUGCAUAAAAGUAAUAUUUUUAGAGUAGUAUACUGUUAGUACUGUAGUGCCAAAAAAUCAAACAAUGUAAACUAAUCAUAAUUUUUACAUACAGUAUUAAUAUUUUUUUACUUAAUAUUUAGAACUUCAUUUUGUAAUACAACGAACGACUCUAUUUUUAACUACAUUUAUACAAAUGCGAUGGCAUAAACUUGUAAUAACUUCAAAUUGUAGGUAAAAUACUCAUUAAGAACUAAGAGGUGCCUUAUUAUUGUUCACUUAUUUAUUACUAUGAAAUUAUGUAAUUUUUUA